GUCAAAGGAUGCAAAUUGUUCACAGAAAUGUUAUUAAAAAUGGUGAAAGGUAUAUUAAUAAUAAUAAUAAUAAUAAUAUAAUAGUCUUUGAUCUACUUUGCGUCUGUAACGUAAAAGGAAGUUCCCCGUUUCCACAGCAACUCAAGACCUCUGUUGCGUAAAGUGCGCAGGCGCACCGAAACGCCUAACGUUAGCACGCUAACUAGCUAGUUUAAGCGGGAGAGCAGGUGGGCUAAAUUAUAGUUUAUUUGUUAUUAUUUACUCCAAAAUCCUGCAGAUAUCUGUACAGUACUUUCUACUCUUGGCUUUGUCAAAAUAUAAGACAAGAUGGGCUGCUGCUUCAGCAAGGAGGCCGGGCCGGGUCGGGCCACCGAGAGAAGCAGCCUGCUACACACACCGUGCCAGGACCACAUCCACGACGGCGUGGAGCAAGUGAGGCACCAGGCCGUGGCUGUCGCUCAACAUGUGUGCCUGGAGGAAGAAGAAGAAGAGGCUGAACUGGACCACCGGGAGGCUCGUCCAGGACUUGACAGCAAAGUGCGGAUGGUGGUCAAUGAGAAGACUCUCCAAGUGAGGAGCGCUCACGAGGGGGAGCCGGAUAUUCUUAUCCCGGCCGGCACAAGCGUUGCGGCGGACUCGACCCGCUCCCCCUCGCACAGCUGUGAGCCGGCGCCCUAUAUGGAGGUGCUCAGCCAGAGUCCGGCCCGGCAAAACAUUGUGGAGAACGCCACCCGGCGAGCCCUGUGGUUCACUCAGAAUUUUGCGGGUCAGAAGCUCCUCCAGCCAGAAGGUUGUUGGUCUGCUUCUGCUGUAGUGAGCCACGUAAACUGCGGCGAGGUGUCUCACGAUUCAAAGUUGUCAUCCAGCUUGGGUCAAGAUCAGGUUUCCCUCAUAAGCGAGGACUGCAUUGUCACAACAACGCUGGGUCAGAACUUCCAAACGAGGACUCAGAAGUUCUACAGCAUCUGCUCCAUAGAUACCGAUGACCUUGACCACGAUGACCACGGCCAGGCGCAGACAUCUGCAACAUGUGCCGGUCCCAGUCCGUCACAGACCGCCUCACCUCUUCCUCCUCUAUUUCCACAGCCGCUCGACCCGCACCGACACCCAUCGCCUCUGGCCAGCGCUUCAGGAAGAAUCUCAGGCCAUCGAGUCGAUCCGCACGUGGCAAAGGGAACGCCUGAAGGAAACAUGUCGAGUUCAACAAGUGCGGGAGAUGACUCGUGUGUGCAGACAUGUGACAGGAUGACAUUGACAGAGCAGACAGUGUCUUCAGAUGUCCAAAUGCCAGCGCAAACAUCUGCCAUCAUCCUGGAAAACCAACUAGGCCACGUCCAACAUUCACAACCAGCUAGUGAAAGUCCCAAAGAAGUCCAUUCCUUUCUAGAAGCUGACGUUACGGAGCAGCACUUCGAGGAAGAAGAUAGAUGUCCACUGCAGAGAAGAGAUGAGGGCCCUGUGAGUAAAAUUGUCAAAGACGAGAUCAUCCACAGCAUAACUCUCACGCAACUGUCUGCUCCAGCCAUCCUUUUAACCAUGCCCCACCAGUGUGGAGGAGGAGAACCUCCUCAACUAGAUGAUGAAGUUGACUCGUAUGACCAGAUGACGCUAACAGAGCAGAGUGCACCCGCCACCUUCCAGGAGAACCAACUAAAUCAUGUCCAACAUUCACAAGCGGCGAGUGUAAGUCCCAAAGAAGUCCCUCAUUCACAUCAGAGCUGCAGUCCAGAAGCUGACGUCAUGGAGCAACACAACGAGGAAGAAGAUAAAUGUUCACUACAGAGAGUAGAUGACGUCCCUGCGAGUGAAAGUGAGGAAGACGAGGUCAUCCAUAGCAUCGUGACUCCCACACAAGUGUCCUCUCCCCACAUCCUCUCAACCACGGCCCACCAGUGUGGAAGAGUAGAAGCUUCUCGACUAAAUGAUGAAGUUGACUCGUGUGGUCGGAUGACACUUAUGGACCAGAGUGCGUCUCCAGAGGUCCAAACUUUAAAGUUUAAACCUGCCACCUUCAAGGAGAACCAACUAAACCACGUCCAACAUUCACAAACGCCAAGUGAAAUUCCUAAACAAGUCCAUUCCUUUCCAGCACCUGACAUCAUGGAGCAACACAAUGAGGAAGAAGAUACAUGUUCAACACAGAGAGAAGAUGGUGUCUUUAUGAGUAAAAGUGAGAAAGAUGAGCUCAUCUGCAAACACACGACUCUCAUGCAAGUGUCCUCUCCCCCCGUCCUCGCAAGCAUACCCCACCAGAGUGGAAACGUAGAGGUUCCUCAACGAUAUGAUGAAGAUGACUUGUGUGACCUGAUCACGCUUGUGGAGCAGAGUGCGUCUUCAGAGGUCCAAACCUCAAAGGAAACAUGUGCCACCUUCCAGGAGAACCAACUUGACUGUGUCCAACAUUCACAACCGGAAAGUGAAAGUCCUAAAGUCCCUCAUUCUAUUCUGAGCUGCAGUCCAGAACCUGACACCACUGAGGAACACAACGAGGAAGAAGAUAAAUGUCCAAAAAGUGAGGAAGAUGAGAUCAUUUACAGCAACACUGCCCUCCCACAAGUUUGCUCGACCCCCAUCCUCUCAACCACGCCCCACCAAUGUGAAAGUGUCGAAUCUCCUAAACUAGAUGAUGAAGACACGAGGAUGAAAGGCAAUUCACCUGCAGUCCAGGUCAUCUCUGAGCACAACACAAGUUCUGGAAGCUGUCACAAAUCUGACCUGGAAGCGGUACACACAAACCUAGAUUGUCUUUAUUCAAAGUCAUCACUUGAGAAGACAAGCGGUGACAGCCUGGAAUCACCACAGGAAGUGUGUGAGGAAGAGGGAAAGACAACAGAGGGUCCGAGUGAUCCUCCAGAAGCAGUGCACUCGUCUCCGGAGGAAUGUCCAAAACCUUCCACUUGCUAUUCUUCCCACGCUGAAAUGGUCAACACGUGUCUUCCGGACGAGGUUUCAUCCCAGCAGCAGAACAACAGCGUCCCGGUGGAACCAGACCAGCUGGACGUUCACGCGCUAACGCCAUCUUAUGAGAUCCACUUCCUGGGUCAGGAGGCGCCCGGCGAGGAGUGCGAGGGCGGCAUGCGGGAGAUGGUGUCGGAGCUGCUGGGGGAGGAUGCCGACGCUUCCAUGUGCCACCUGGAUCACCAGACCUGGAUCGGGCCCGCAGCAGACGACGGCUGCCGGGCAUGGGUCCAGCCGGCGCCGCAAACCCAGGAGACGACCCAGGAGUCACAGCCAAGCGCGGUUCUGCUGGGAGCAUUCCCGUACAGUACCGUCAUGCCUCUGGUGCCGUGUGAGUGGGCCUGGCACGCGGGCUGCCCUCGGGUCACCCUGAACCCUGAUGCUGAGGUAUGGACUGGAUGCAGCUACAACUUCUCGCAGGCACAGCAGCCGUGGCUGCACCUCCCCACAGAGCAGAACCAAGAACUGCAUGUGGAGCUGGACCACAUGAACCUGGCUGAAACUGAACCCAAAACAGCAGAGAACCACGUCCCACCAGAACGACACACAGGUGAGCUGAUGGAGCAGCUGAGGUCUGUGUUGGAGAUCUGUCUGAGCAGGGAGCACCUGGCCAGCGACUUGUACCUCCAGUCUCAGAUGGAUGACGAGCAGUACGUUUCCAUAGCGACGCUGGUCGGCAUCCACACCAUCAAGCGUCUCGGCGCCGACUUGCAGCUCGUAACAGACGUCGUAAAAACUCUGCCGCAGGUCCAGAUGUCGCCGUGCGGGCAUAAAGUGCGAGCCAACCACUUUCAAUAUCUCCUUAUCCUGCGGGAGAUCCCCAGCAGCACCCCACGCGAGGAGGUGGAAGCGCUCUUCAGUGACCAGACGCUGCCCAAGUUCCUGAGCUGUGAGUUUGUGAGCAGCGACAACUGGUUCAUCACCUUCAGAUCAGAGGCCGACGCUUACCAGGCCUACAAAUACCUGCGAGAGGAGGUUCAGGUGUUCCAGGGGAAGCCCAUCAUGGUGAGGAUGAAAGCCAAAUCAACGACCUUCGCGUCGGGUGCGCCUUUAAAUGGCUACGGCCCAACCCGGCCCAACAUCCUGGUCGAUCACCAGGUGUCCUAUUUGCCGCCAGACGCCUACCAACAGCUUUACGAUUUCACCUACCCCACGUGGUCCGAGUCGGGAUACUCGGACUGUGUUGAGACGCUUGAGCUCAACAGCGCCCUGAACGGCUUCCCGGCAUCGCCUUACUUCCAACGUCACGGCCCACACAGGAGCAGGAGGGGCUCCAGGACGUCAGGCGCAGAACAAACCAGGAGUCAAAAGGAUUCCUCUUACCCGGGGGAUAAAACCUCAGAGGAGAUCUCCGCUUCGUCGAGGCCGGCUCGAGUGUGGUCCCACUCCAGAGGCAACGGGCCUCAUCACGGCAGACGCCCCAACAGGCUGACUGCAGCGCCACAUUCAGUGGGAGGAAGGCCUGUAAACAGAGAUCAGAGGAGGAGAGAGAACCAGUGGUCUGCUACCAAGACAGCUGUAGUGCAUCAUAAAGAGCCUUCACCUCGCCGCCAGCCGUCUCCCAUUGAGCUCGGAGUCUCGAACUUCCCUCCCCUCUGCGUGAAGAAGACGCCUGAACGGGCAGAACCUUCGUCCACCUCCACCGAUGACAUCACCAGUGAGCAAGCGUCCCAGAAGCUGAGCUACGCUGCCAUCUGCCAGAAAUCUUCCUCUGGUAGGUCGGCGCCGUCCGUUGAAGAGAACUAGAUGGAGCAAAACACCAAAAGUGCAAUGUUAACUUGCACCUGGUGGAUUUUACUAAUGCAGUGUUGUCAGGUUUAGAAUGUUUUCACGUCUGUUCCGUUUCCUCAUUGCUAAUUUGUGUUUCCUGCUUUUAUAGUUGUUUAUGGGAGUUUGUUUUUGUCGCCAGUGGCUGUGAGCGGCACUUCCUCUGCGCUUGCUGUUCGUUCUUCACUCACAUUCUGUUAGCAAUGUCGGUGAGAUUUUGCAGUCAGAUUUAUUUUGUUUCUUUCUCUCUGCCUGAGUUUCAUCAUUCUGUUUUCAUGUAAACCCCUCAGUGCUCUAUGCAAGCCGUUUGUGUCCACCUCACCUCCUUUUUCUUAACCAUUUAAGUUGUGUUAAUACAAAUGUGAUGAAA